AUGUUCUUCGACCGCGCCGAGCUGUUUGUGCGGAGCGGUGCUGGCGGCGUCGGCGCCGUCUCGAUGAACGGGCAGCGGCCCGUGGGUGGCAACGGCGGCGCGGGCGGCGACGUGGUCCUCCUGUGUGACGGCUCCCUCAACACGCUCGGCCACCUGCGCGGCCGGGCGUCGGUGCGCGGCGAUCGCGGCGACGACGCCCGCGGCAAGGAGUCUGGCCGCAGCGCGAGAGAGGCGAUCGUGCGCGUGCCUCCCAACUGCCGCGUCUCCGAGCUGGAGAGCGGCGACGCCGUCGGCGAGCUGCGCGAGCCGGGGGAGCGGCUGCUGAUCGCCGCCGGCGGCCAAGGCGGCGAGGGGAACGGAGACGGCUACCGACGGACGAGGGAUUCGCGCCGCAACUACCCGCCCGGCGGGAGCACGCGCGCGCGCCUGCUGCUCUCGAUGACACUGGUGGCGGACGUGGGGCUGAUUGGACACCCGAACGCCGGCAAGUCGACGCUGCUGAGGGCGGCGACCCGCGCGAGGCCAAAGGCGGCAGACUGCCCGUCGAAAUACGCCGGUGGGUGCUGCAGAGUUGCGGACUACCCGUUCACCACGCUCGUGCCCAACCUGGGCGUGUGCGAGGGCGGCGGCGGCGCCAUGCUCUGGCUCGACAUCCCCGGCCUGCUGGAAGGGGCGCACGAGGGGCGCGGACUCGGCAGGGCCUUCCUGCGGCACGUGGAGCGCUGCCGGCUGCUGCUGCACCUGGUGGACGGCGAGUCGGCGGAGCCGGCGGCGGAGUACCUCGCCAUCAACCGCGAGCUGCAGCUCUACUCGCCCCGCCUCGCCGCCACGCCCCAAGUCGUCCUCGUCUCAAAGGCCGAGCUGCCGCACGUCGCGGAGCGAAUCAACGAGACGGUGGCCGCGAUCCGCGCCGUCGCGCCGCACGGGCGCAUCCUGCCCUUCUCCGCCCACUCUGGGCUCAACGUGCAGCAGCUGAUGCAGCGCACGCACGCGCUGCUCAGGCAGGUGCAACACCAACAGGCGCAGGAGGCGGAGGCGGAGGCGGCGCCACACGGCCACGGACCGGACCGCACUUGA